AGAAGGUCAUGUGGGCCCAAUCCCACAGCUGAAGGCCGCAAAGAUUGCUUACAAAAACCCCUCGACCCUUUUCAUUCCUCCUCACGAUCUGUGUUGCCACUCUCAUUCUCUUUCAGACACAUUCACAAACACUUGCUCAACUUUCUGCUCAGCCAUGGCUAGACCGCAGCAACGAUAUCGAGGUGUCCGCCAGCGCCAGUGGGGCUCGUGGGUGUCCGAAAUUCGCCAUCCGUUAUUGAAGACUAGAGUAUGGCUGGGGACGUUCGAAACAGCAGAGGAUGCAGCCAGAGCCUACGAUGAGGCUGCAAGGAUCAUGUGCGGGCCAAGAGCGCGAACGAAUUUUUCGUACAACCCCAAUGAGCCUCAAACAUCUUCGGCCAAGCUUCUUUCGGCUACAUUGAUGGCAAAACUACAAAAAUGUCACAUGGCAUCAUUCAAAAUGUCCAAGAAACAACCUAUAAAUGCAGCAGAACAAUCUUCAUGUACAAACAGAGGCAUUUAUGAAGAAAAUGUUCCAAUGGGGAGUGGCCAAGAACUGAAGGCACUUGAAGAUGAUCAUAUAGAGCAGAUGAUUGAGGAGUUGUUUGAUUAUGGCUCAAUUGAGCUUUGUUCUGUUAUGGAAAAUUAAAUUGAGUCUUGUCUUAUUUUCAUUUGCUUUUAGUUGAACUUUCUUCCACGUUUCCGUGCUAUAAGCAUGUUUGAUACGUUGGAUUGACGACUCUGAGUAUGACUAAAGAAAAAAAUAAGUUGAAAUUU